GGGGCAGUUCUGCUACAGUUGUGACAUGACCGAUAGUAAGAAACGACAGUCAGCGAGAGCACGAAAGCAAAGAUGAGGAUGGUUGUGCCUAAGGUUUUCCCACAUACAACAACCUAUGGAGUUUUUCCCCCUGCUGGCCACAUUCACCUUUCUCAUUGGGGGCAUGAAUGAAUGAUUUUAUGAGUUGCACAAAGAUGGAAGACUGUUUGAUAGAAGACCAGACAACCUUUUACUCAAAGGCAGAACACUAUUGGAAGGAAGUCCCGCCCACUGUGGAUGGAAUGCUGGGGGGUUAUGGCAGCAUUUCUAGCAUUGACAUUAAUGGCUCCAAAAAGUUUCUUCAGAAAUUCCUUGGGGAAGGCCAGGGUAAGACUGGGACAGGCUGUGCUCUGGACUGUGGCGCAGGAAUCGGCCGUAUCACCAAGCGCCUGCUGCUGCCCCUCUUCCAUACAGUGGACCUAGUGGACGUGACACAGGAGUUUCUGGAUAAAGCUCGUUCCUACCUGGGUGAGGAGGCCAAGCAAGUGGAGAACUACUUCUGCUGUGGCCUACAAGACUUUCAGCCCCAGGCAGAGCGCUACGAUGUCAUAUGGAUCCAGUGGGUGAUUGGUCACUUGACCGAUGACCACCUGGUGGAAUUCCUGAGGCGUUGCCGGAGCGGUCUGCGUCCAGAUGGCCUGAUUGUGGUGAAGGAUAAUGUUGCGUUUGAAGGUGUAAUACCUGAUGAUGUUGACAGCAGCGUGUGUCGGGACCUGAAUUUACUACAUCGCCUAGUAGCCCGGGCCGGACUCAACAUCAUCUGUGAGGAGCAGCAGCAGAACUUCCCUGAGGAAAUCUAUCAGGUCCACACUCUAGCACUCAGAUAGCUGUGAGCACUGAACGAGGGGGGUUUAUGUGUUUGUUCGGAAGCCAAUAAUGUGAGAACAAUUUAAGAUCAAUGUUAGCUACACAAGAAGCUACGUGUUGCUGCCAAUGUGAUCACCAUUUUUUUUAAAAAGGCACAAAACUUAAAGGUGACAUUGGAACCUUGGGGAUUUUAAGCAGGGGAGUUUUACUUGACCUCUAGAGUUUGUAAUAUAAACAGCUAGGGUUCAUCGCUAUUACGAAUCUGAAUGCAAAAGUGACGAAUGGGAGCUUUUCAGAUAUCCAAACAGUUUUACACUCCAGUUGAUCCUCAGUUUGAAGUGUGGAAGUUUGAAACAAUCAAGAAAAAAUGUAAACCACGCACACUGCUUUGUUUUUAGCAAUGGGUGUGCUGAAGACUUGAAGGGACAGUUGACCCAAAAAUGAAAACGGUCAUGUUUUCACCCUCAUGUUGUUCCAAACCUGUAUUACUUAU